AUGGGUGAGCCUGUGAGGAUGUUUCCAGAGUAUAUGUCGAUUUUGAUCCAAGUUCAUGUUUCCUUCACUAGGAUCAAUUCAUUUUUGCUGGAUCAUGAGCUCAAGAAUGAAAAUCUCAACAUAGAUGAAAACGAAACUCCUAAUAGAAGUGUGAGGAUUGAAGAUGGUAAGUUCAACUGGGAUCCUGAGCUGCCACUGCCAACUUUGAGCCUAAUCAACUUGGGAAUCCAACCUGGGCAUAAGGUUGCAGUCUGUGGACCAGUUGGUGGAGGGAAGUCUUCACUCCUUUAUGCUGCACUCGGGGAGAUACCGAAAAUCUCAGGAACUGUUGAUGUCUCGGGAUCGGGAUCAAUUGCUUAUGUAGCUCAAAAUUCAUGGAUUCAAAGUGGAACGGUUCGAGAGAACGUGCUCUAUGGGAAGCCAAUGAACCAGGCAAGAUAUGAUGAAGCCAUUAAAUCAUCUUAUGAUGAUGUUGAUAUCUAUCUCCUUGAUGAUCCUUUCAGUGCUGUUGAUGCUCACACUGCUGCCACACUCUUCCAUGAUUGUAUAAUGACUGCUCUAGAGAAGAAGACUGUGGUUCUAGUGACCCACCAAGUAGAGUUCCUCUCAUCAGUUGACAGAAUCCUGGUUAUGGAAGGUGGGGAAAUUACACAAUCACGAAGCUAUGAACAGUUGUUGAUGUAG